UUGAGAGAGAAAGAGCAAAGCAAAGAGAAUAAAGAAAAAAAAAAAAGCCAGAAAACAGAGAAAAGUGUAGCUAGAUCUUGUUGGGUUAUUGAAGCUAGCUCCAAAUAUCCAUGGCCUCUAAGCUUCUUUUGAUUGCUGUCUUUGUUCUUGAUCUCAUUGCUUUUGGUUUAGCUGUUGCAGCUGAACAAAGAAGAAGCACAGCCAAGAUUGUUCAGGAUAGUGAAGUUAAAUAUAACUAUUGUGUAUAUGACUCAGACGUAGCAACAGGCUAUGGUGUUGGUGCAUUUUUGUUCCUUAUGGCUAGUCAAGCCCUUAUAAUGGUUGCAAGCCGAUGCUUCUGCUGUGGAAAGGCUUUGAACCCCAGCGGUUCAAGGUCUUGGGCAGUCAUCCUUUUCAUAAUCUGCUGGUUGUUUUUCCUAAUUGCUGAGAUAUGCUUGCUGGCUGGUUCAGUAAGAAAUGCCUACCACACCAAAUACAGGACCAUAUUCAGCGAGCAGCCUCCCUCUUGUGAAACUGUGAGGAAGGGAGUUUUUGGUGCAGGUGCAGCUUUCAUUUUCUUAACUGCCAUAGUCAAUAAAUUGUACUAUAUUUGCUAUUCUAGUGCUAGGGAGAACAGCUUCCAGGCUUACGGUGGAGAGACAAGCGUGGGCAUGGGAACCUACAAAUAAACAUGGCUGAAAAUUGGCAUUUUAUCCUAUUGCAGUAGACGUAACUACAUGGACUCUAUGCCAUCAAUUUGCUUACUCCAUUGUCUGUUAUUGAGUUGCAUUUCAUCUGCUAAUGGUUAAAUAUCGCACGCUAUAGAUUGCAUUUUGUGUUGGAUUCACAAUUUUUUUUUUUUGUUUCAAUUUUGUGAAGUUCCUUGUAUACAUAUCAAUAACAAAGGAUUCAUGUUUGUGCUCCAACUUGACUUGCAAUGU